GCCGCGAGGGCUUAUCCGUCCACGAGCAGCGGCGCCUGCCUCCACGGACGCAGGACGUCACUUGUUAAUCCACGUACAGUUGAGAGAUAUGGUCGGAAUGAAAGCCGCCCGGCGGCGCUUCAACCUACUUAAACGCAUCCCCGCGGUCGUUAUAUUGCUAACUAACAAACAUCGAGAAGGCAAGGUUAACACAUCCGUGAGUUGAUCAACUUGAGCCGCGUUGACGGUGUGAGGAGCAGCCGGUCAUUUCCUCGCCGUGUGGUUUCGAUUGUUCGCUAGCGAUGCACUUGACUUCACGGUGUUUGUCUUUUUUUUUAAAUGCCGUUAUUCAGACGAUAAAAUGCAACGACGACCCUCUUUUUAAAUCAAUUUGACGUUUGCAAGAAAGAAGACAGCACUGGGGGUGUAUAACCGCUCUGGACUCGGGUUGUUGUUUGCAGUCUGAACAGCGCCGCCGUCUCCAUAACGUUUACAGUUUUACUGUAUGACAUCACGGACGCUGCCAGUGGUCACCACAGACUCAAACAGAACAUCCGGUAUGGCAACAAAAUAAAAGUCCUAUUAAUGUACAUAGAAAAGGUUUGAGAGAUAUGAACGGUCAAUGGCCGCAUUCUUUUUAAUAUUUGCCUCUCUGGCUGCUGUGUGUCAGGUAAAUUAAUUAAAAUGUGUCGUCUUCUUUUCUUUUUUUUUAAACCUUCCGACGAACAAAACGGUGCAGAUGUUCGUUCUGGUACGGGUUGUUUUUUUUUGCAUGACAGAUCUCCGGAAGCGACACGGUAGCUCGGCGUGUCGCGGGCUUCCCGGUGUUGUUCUAUUCAAAUUAUUCCCCAUCUGCACAGUAAGCUGCAAUCAACCAGGCGUUAUUGUCUUUUUGGACCACGCAGUUGCAUAAUACCCCUUUUGUCUCCUCUCUGUUCUUUUCUCUGUGGCUCACUAUUGCAGCCCGUGUGCAGUGUCGUCAUUCUUCAACAUCAACCCAUAUGGAGCAAAAUAGAAAGCUGUCAAACCAAUUGGCCAACAUAUGUGUGUUAUUUCAUUAUCUGAGUACAUUUACUCCCUUCAGUAGUGGAUGCAUAAAAGCCAUGCCCGCCCAACCCAACGCGAGGGAGCCGGAAGAGGAGAUGGAGGCAGAAGGAGAGUCCCAACUCCCAGAGGCCAACGGAGAGGUGGAGCAGCUGCGUGGGGAUGAAAGAGGAGAUGGGAGAGGAGAGGAGACCAUGGAGGAGAGCACGGAGGAGCGGGAUAGCGACUUGGACGAUAGUGAGGAGGAGGAGGAAGAAGAGGAAGAGGAGGAGGAAGAGGAGAGUUCAGAGAUGGAUGAUGAAGACUGUGAGCGGAGGAGAGGAGAAUGUCUAGAUGAGAUGCUGGAUCUGGAAAAACAAUUUCAGGAGCUAAAAGAGAAGUUGUUUCGGGAGCGGCAGAACCAGGUGAAGGUGAAGCUGGACGAGGUGCUGACGGGGAAGGCCGGAGAAUACAAAGAACCACUGGCUGCACUACAGGAGAGCAUGCAGAUACGAACGCAAGUGGCUGGAGUGUACAAAGAGCUGUGUCUACAGGUGAUCAAACACAAGUACGAGUGUGAACAACAAGGAGCAAAGCAGCACCUGGAGAGCGAGCAGGCGUUGCUGUUUGACGCCAUGAAGACCGAACUGCUGGAGAAAAUCAGAAGACUGGAGGAGGACAGACAGAAUGUGGACCUCACCUCAGAGUGGAGUGAUGAGCUGAGGGGCAAGCAGUGUAAAAGAAAGGACCUGCUGGGUGGGUCAGAGAGGAAAAAGAAGGUAGCUCUGGUUUCAGGGCCUUUCAUCGUCUACAUGUUGAGAGAAAUCGACAUCCUCGAAGAUUGGACUGCUAUCAAGAAGGGGAAGACAUUCCUCGACAUCAACGCCUCAUACCACCCUACAUAACAAGUAACCAGCUCGAUGAAUCCCAGCCCCACGUGUAGUUUGGUCAUUUGCUCUCUGUGUGCU